AUGCCGGAGUGGGGGGGCGUCUGUCCUGCCACGUGGUCUGUGGUCACCGUGCCAACCGCACCCAGGAAGGGUCCCGUCUGUCCCGGCCGUCCCAUCCCCAGCUGCUCUGACCGUGCCGGCUGUGCUGGGCACCGCCGCUGCUACCGGGGUCUCCCGCCUGCUUUGUUGUCUCCGUCUCUCUGGGAGCCCCCCAGGAACCCCGUCCAGCCCCGAAUCGGCAGACAGCGGGGGGGCAGCCCCGACACAGCCAACAGCGGGGGGACACUCUCUCGUGCCCCGAGGGUACUGACGGCAGCUAGGCUAGUCGCCUUUGCAGCAGAAGAGACGCUAGGGACAUCGAAAAAGCCGGGGAUAGAGAAGCGGCAGUGGGGCAAGAUAAGAUCAUUUACGAGCUCCUUUUAUGACUCUAAGAAGAGCUCAUUGUUGAAUUUUACGGCCCUUGGACCUUCUCCGCCCUUCCUUCUCACUCAGAAACAGAAAAAGAAAGCUUGCUGGAAGGCUCGACUGAGUCAGGGCUUUGCGCCGACAGCAGGAAAAAAGCUGCUGGGCUCCUGCAGCAAGGCAAGGUGCUUGCACAGGGACAAGCACACCAGGGACCCACAGUGGCCGCGCCCUCAGUCUUGGGAACAGGCUUUGGAGCACCGGGAACACCCAAGUCGCUGGAGGCAGCAAACCGAGAAAGUCCCCAGUCUGUCAGUGAUCAGAACAUCAGUUUCAGCGCACCCUGAUGAGAAGUGGAACUGCUGUGGUGGUCAACCAGCGUCACUCAUCCGGCAGAAGAGGGCUGGCUGGACGGAUGUCUCGUCUCCCAGACAAAUCGGCCAGAGGCCCGCCGCCAGUGGGGGCUUUUUGCAAGAUUUGGUGAGGGGGCUUCCUCAUCUGCAUACCAGCUCUGAUGUCACCUCCCUCCUGCUACCUGCAGUCUUCAGGUGUUAUGUCUCAGGAGACAGCAAGGGGACAAUUGAGCUGAUUUCUAACCAUCAACAGGAUACCAGCAAGAUUUUGUCACAAAUGCUACAGAAAGCAUCACAUGGAAAGAAACCAAAGUUCCUCUUUUAUUACACACACCUGUGUCAACAGCCACUGUUAUAACCCAUCCAAAUUCAGUACCUGCAGGCAAAAUGGGGAAAAUGAUUGGAUUGCAAGAAACUUAGGAAAAAGUGGUAAUAGAUUUGGAAUUGAAUGUCCAAAAGGACAUUUAAUCUUAAAGAUACAGUUCAGGAUUUGGUAAAAAAACAACUAGAAAACAAAAAGGUAAAACCAGCACAGCAAUCUAAUUCUGUAUUGACACCAAAUUAUAUGUUGAAUUGUAUUAUAAGACUCCAAGCAGUUAUAUAGAUGAUAACAAAUAAAGCUGCUCAGAUACUGGAAUUAAUAUCAAGUCAGCAAAGCUGAACAAAAACUGUAGUGUAUCAGAAUAGGUUGGCUUUGGACUAUUUAUUGGCUAAAGAAGGGGGUGUUUGUGGAAAGUUUAAUAUAUCAGAUUGUUGAAAAUUGAUGACCACGGAGAAGUCAUUCUAGAAAAAGCAAAAGAUAUCAGAAAAAAUAUAAAAAAAUAUAAGCCUGGUACCAGUCCAAAUAUUAAAAAAACAAAGUUAAAACCUAGCUGGUGGGGUAAUGUAUUAGAGAUAAAAUGACAGAAGAAAUUAAGAUUUUUCCUUUUAUGUGUUACAAUUGUUUUGAUAUUUCUUCCUUGUUUAAUACCCUGUUUUAUUUUGCCAGCAUAGUUCAGAAGAUGCAAGUAGACAAAAAAAUAUUGCUCAAGCCAAAUAAUUUACAAAGAAUAAAAGGGGGGAAUUGUUAAAAAUGCAUAUUUUAUGAUUGGCUUUUCGCAAAUAUUAAAAUGAAUAUUAUAUGUGUAGGAAUGUGCCCCCUGUUGACAGAGUGACAAAACUAUCCUUUGUCCCCUUAAAAAGGAAAAAAGCCCAGAAGUUUCUCUCCUCGAUUAAGUAGAAAGACACCUCAUAGGACCCAGGGGACUUCACCUCAAACUUAAGGAUAGCUAACUGAAUAGGAGCCAAAAAGUCCCGCCUGGGCAAUUUACUAGAAAAAGAAGAGAACAAAGAAACUAGUCGCUUUUGUGAGGUGUUUUACCAGGGGAAGGAGGGCCUCUUGCACCUGGAUCGGUUUCUCUCUGUAAAGAGUUUAUUUUGCCUUUUAUUAAAACCUUUUUGUUUCCAACACUGCAACAGAAGCCAUCCUGCUGAUUUUAUGCCUUCUAAGGUAGCUGAACUAUCUUGGGUGUGAAAUAGACCUCCAAGAGCUUAAGAGACCUGGCUCAAGGAGGCUCCUAUUUCAUAUAUGUGUUAUGUUAGAAAGUUAUGCUGUAUUAAUUUUCUUAAGUAGUGUGUUAAACAUAGUUUUGGGUUAUAACAUAAUGCUAAAAUAGAAACUAUGCUAUGUAAGAUACUUUUUAAAGAGAGGAAUGAGGUAUUCACACUGAGAUAGCAGCCACAGGACACCUAAAUCUUUCAGAGAAAAAAAAAAAUUAUUGCUCCCUUAUCAGAAGAAACUAACUUCUUCCCACCUCAUUCAGCUCUGAAGAUGCCAUCAGGAUUAAGAGGAAGAAGUUGACAGUGACCAGACAGAAUCCUGUGUUUGAAUGGAAUUUAUGCAUCAUGUAUGAGAUGUAUGAAUAUGCAACAGGCUAUUGCUUCUAAGGGUUAAUCCUCUGUCAACGUGUGUCAUUUUUUGGGCUUAUUUUGCCCAGAAAGAGGUACCUGGACUGUCCGUAACUCUUUGUUUUUAUUGUCUCGUAUUGUCCUAAAUCCUAAUUGUCCAAAUGUUUAUUACUCUAAUUUUAUUACUAUUUUUAUAACCAUUUUAUUACUAUUAAAAUUUUAAAAUUUUAAAAACAAGUGAUUGGCAUUUUUCACAUUGUUAUGAUUGAUUUUUGUUUCGUCUCAGUGAUAUUAACUUUAAGUUCUUGUAGACAUACAUUAUUAAGGUUAAGUUUUAGUGAAGUUGAUUUUAAAUUUUCUUGAAGUAUACCUGUUUGAGUUAUAAUCCCUUUGCUAUACUAGUGAAUGACAAAGUCUGAAUGAAUUUUUGUCAAAAUUUGCUCAUUUAAAUUACAAGAUAACGCAAUUUUGUUAUAGAAGUAAGAACAAUUUUUGCUAUUUUAUUUUUUAUAAGUAGUACUGAAGAAUGAGUCUUUGUAUUAUGACUGUUAUUAGUUAUGAGUUAUUUAAUACUUUAUUUUUCCUUUUUUGCUUUAAUGUCAUAUAUGUCUAGGAAAAUAUAACCUCAAUUUCUUAAGACAAUUUCUACUGAUAUAUUAAGUAACCCUGAUUAUGCUGUUAAUUUAAUGAUGUGAAUUCACUGACUUUAUAACAAGCAUUACUUUAUUCAUUUGCUAGUUGUCUAUGGUACCAUUGACUAAUUAACGAUAAAUGAGAAAGCCAGCUACUUUACAAACCUUCACUUAUUGUUGUAUAGGUAUUUAUAAGACAUAUAUUAUUUUUCUAACUACUAUUACUAAUAAGUUUCUAAAAUAUAUUAAAAAGACUCUUCCAGUUAAAAGCCUGGACCCUGGCCAAGUCCUGGCCUUAACUAGUAGAGAAAAUUUUCUGCACCAAAAUUAUAUUCAAGUAAUUUUGACUUACUGAAUUUGGUCCUAUAAUAGCUAAACCUCCUUUUAAGGUGAACUUGGAAAUCUUACCUGGGAAUGAUUUUCCAAACCCUCACUUUAAAAAAGAAAGCUUGCCAAUUACUACAGGCUCUAAAUAAUAGUACAAUAUUUAGGAAAUUGAUAAUGUAGUUUUAAAUCACCAUCCUAUUUUUCAUGUGCUACUAAUUGUAUCUAUUAUCUGAUUUAUUUUUACUUAGUAUGUUUUUUUUUUGUUACAUAUUGUUAUGCUUUUAUGUUACCUUCAUGUUCAUAACGAGAAACACACGUUAUUAAAAAACAAAAAUUAGGGGGAAUAUAGCUCCUCCAGAACUUUACACUAAUAACAAAAAUAAAUUUUUUUUGAAAGAAAAUCAAAUAAUAUCAAAUUGAAUCCCAUACCUUCCUGAAACACUCUUGGAACCCCAAGAAUUAGAGUUCCUGGGUUCUGUGAAAUUGGAUUUUUAUGUUAAUUUUAAAUACAUGGGAAAAAAAUCCGUCUAAAGCUUGGGAUGUUUCUCCCUAUCACCCCGUGUAUAAGAAUCAAACCUUUUGGUAUAAUUACACUUCUGGCAGCCUUUCUAAAUCCAUUAAUGCAGACGCCAUGAGGAAUGUUUUUAGUUUAUAAAGACCAAGCCUGAGCCUUUUAGUGGCUCGAGUUUUUAACUAAAAAAUUCUUUUUAGGAUAGGCAUGUAUGUGGUAAUUUUGAUUAUAAUUGUAUUAAUCAUGAUACCUUUCAAUGUGUGCAGAGAUUAAUUAAUAAGGCUAUUAAAAGAGUAUUUUUGGUCGAAAGGAAAGGGAGAGAUGUUGGAAUGUUGGGGGACACAAGACAGAUUAUGGACUUUGGACCUGGUUAACAUAAGAGAUUCGAUAACAGGAUGCCUUGGCAAAAGCAAAUGGAACUUUGAAAAUUAGACCUAGAUUGCAAGAAGAUUAAAUCAAACGGGUUUACCGGAAAAAGAAAAUCCCAUUAAACUCUGCAAGCAAGAGAUGUUGAUAUAUGCAUGUUUGUGUAUGUGAUUGUAACCUAAUCAUUGUAGUACACUUUACUAUUCUCCCUGAUACAGUAUAUAAGCGUUUGUAUCCCACAAUAAAAUCGAAUU